GAGGGGGCGGGUGUAGGUUGGCGGGCGCGCGUUUCAAUGAGGCCGCCGCCACCCCUGCCGGCUGAGGCGGCCUCCUGAAGGGACGGGAGGGCAGCGGCGAGGCGAGGCGCAGAUGCAGCUGGCCGGGGAGCCGCUCUUGGGCAGCGCCGCCGCCGCCUCCCUGCCCGGUGCGCCCUUCUACCCGCUGGAGGGCGCGGGGGGACGCGGCGGGCCGUCGGGCCCGCUCUUGGGGUCGGCCUCGCCGCCGCGCCUCGACUUGGACAAGGCGGCGGGGAAGAAGUUCGUCGGGGGCGGCCCGGGGCAGGCCUUGCUGGGCGAGGCGGGCGAGACGCAGCCCUUCCCCGCCAAGGCCGGGCCCGAGGGCGGCCGCAAGAGCUCCCCCGGGCCGGCCGAGGCGGAGGCGCUGCCGCCGGCGCGCUUCCCGCCGCUGGAGAGCCUGGGCGCCGACGGCCGCUACUACCUGCCCUCGCCCGGCCCGCAGGGCGGCCCCGAUCCCCUGGGCGGCCCCUGCGCCCUCUUCCCCUACGCCGCGCCCGCGGGCGCCCCAGCCGGCCCCAUGUACCAGCCUGGCGGCGGCGCGCGCUACCCCUACGGGUCGGUGCUGUCCCCGCCGCCCACCGGUUUCUCCGCGGCGGCGGGCAGGGCGCCCUUCGCCGGCGCCUACCAGUACGGGCAGGGGGCCCCGCCGGGCGGCCUCUACGGCCCUUACACGGCGGCGGCGGCGGCGGGCUCGUGCGGCGGGCUGGGCGCGCUGGCCAUGGGCGGCGGGGCGGGCGGCCUCCGCGCUCAGGUCUUCCUCUGCAACCGGCCGCUCUGGCUCAAGUUCCACCGGUACCAGACCGAGAUGAUCAUCACCAAGCAGGGCAGGCGGAUGUUUCCUUUCCUGAGCUUCAACAUUACCGGCUUGAACCCCACAGCCCACUACAAUGUCUUUGUGGAGGUGGUGCUGGCGGACCCCAACCACUGGCGCUUCCAAGGGGGAAAGUGGGUGACCUGCGGCAAAGCUGACAACAACAUGCAAGGCAACAAGGUUUAUGUUCAUCCUGAAUCUCCCAAUACUGGAGCCCACUGGAUGCGGCAGGAGAUCUCUUUUGGGAAGCUGAAACUGACCAAUAACAAGGGGGCCAAUAAUAACAACACCCAGAUGAUAGUGCUGCAGUCUCUGCACAAAUAUCAGCCUCGGCUCCACAUUGUAGAAGUGACAGAAGAUGGCGUUGAAGACAUAAAUGACUCUUCUAAGACCCAGACGUUUAAUUUUCCUGAAACGCAAUUCAUAGCUGUUACUGCCUAUCAGAACACAGACAUCACACAGCUUAAAAUUGACCAUAAUCCUUUUGCAAAAGGUUUCCGAGACAACUAUGAUUCCAUGUACACAGCUUCAGAAAAUGACAGAUUAACUCCAUCUCCCACGGAUUCUCCUAGAUCCCAUCAGAUUGUUCCGGGAGCCCAGAGCCGGUACAGCAUACAGCCCUUCUUCCAAGAACAAUUUGUCAACAACUUGCCACCUGCUAGGUUUUAUAAUGGGGAAAGAACUGUACCUCAAGCGAGUGGUCUCCUCUCUCCGCAGCAAAAUGAAGAAGUGACCAAUCCCCCACAGAGGUGGUUUGUCACUCCAGUCCAACAGCCUGGGGCCAACAAACUGGACAUGAACGCUUAUGAAACUGACUACUCGGCUAGUACCCUACUUCCUUAUGGCAUCAAAUCUCUCCCUCUUCAGACGUCCCAUGCCUUGGGCUACUAUCCAGAUCCAGCUUUCUCCUCCAUGGCAGGAUGGGGGAGCAGAGGUUCUUACCAGAGGAAAAUGUCCACUGGCUUACCUUGGACCUCCAGAACAAGUCCUCCCAGCUUCUCUGAAGACCUGCUCUCCAAGGAGAAAGUGAAAGAGGAAAUGGGAUCAUCCUGGAUUGAGACUCCGCCAUCCAUAAAGUCUCUAGACUCAAACGAUUCAGGAGUCUACACUGGUGCUUGCAAAAGAAGACGACUCUCUCCAAGCACCUCAAGCAAUGAAAAUUCUCCAACCAUGAAGUGUGAGGACAUUAAUGCAGAGGACUUUGGCAAAGACUCUUCAAAAGGCAUGGGCUAUUAUGCUUUCUACACCAGUUCUUAAGGGCAUUGAGAUCCUGACUUCAUGUUAAAACAUGACUGGCUGUAUAUAAAUAUAUGUAUAUAUAUAUACACACACACACAUUUUUUCCAGUGGUGGUAUCAAGAUCUUUUACUUAAAUGUUGCCAAAGGAACUUUAUUUUCCACCUUUCAAAAUGUUGGUGUGCAAUUCUAUAGAAAGUGCCAAAGCUUUUGACUGACCUUUUGCAGGUAAAAAUGGAAAGAACUAGGGUAGCGCUUGAAGUAAUUUGGAUCUCUCUUUAGAGGAGCUGGAUAAUCUGUAAACACAAUCUUGGGGAGGCCACACAAACAAAGGAUGAUUUUUUUAAGUUCCCCAGGAAAGGAAAAACAGGCAUUUUAUGCUAAAGACUCCCCAAAUAUUAUAUUGUUGUUGUGGCAGCGCAGUAGCUGGGAAUGGAGAGUUAUCUAUGUUUAGCAAAGUUUGCAAGGAUUAGAUUUCUGGUCUGAUGGCUGAAGCGCUCUUGAUUUUUCCGUGGGAGACUAAAUAUCUUGGCAGAGAAAUUAUGACAGUGAAAAAUCUUACAAAGGUUUCAAAAAUUACAAUAUUAAGUGUACAGCAGUGUGUUGUCCAGGUCCACUGAAAAUUGACAGCCUUCUGUAUAUAGUUUUAAUCAUGGCAGUGCUGUUGGGGGUGUAAAACUGGUUUGAAUCCUUCGUUUCAACCCUUUUUAAUCCUGGCAGUGGAGCACAUCAAAAUAGCUGUUUAUUGGUCUGGUGAUAGUGGUGAACAUAUUUGUUCAGCAAUCUUGUUCUGAAAUGAAAUGGUGUUUGUAACUCCUGUUGUUCAGUAUGUAAAUAAUCUUACAGAUGCUAAGAGUUGGGGAAAGGCUUUUCUAAAAAGAAAAAAAGCAUUAGUUUAUUUUGGGGUGGGACUGUGCUCUGUACAUACUUUUUAAUAAAUGUGUUGCGAUGGAAGGA